UUGUGACGUAAUCGAUGGAAGCCGCCAUCUUGGAUACACCAGAGUAGCGCAUGGCUGGCUAUCACUUGUAUGCGAGAGGAACUUCUGUUUUUAGUUAUGUUUUACUCUCUAAAUGGCUAAAGCCGGUAACAACAGUAUUUUGUGUACGCUCUAAGCUGCAGCAUUCGAUUGCAUGUAGAGAAAAUGGUGGAUUCUCAGGCCCGAGAAAUAUUCAGACCUGUUUGCAAGUGUUACCAAAGAAUUCCUAUGUUGUGCAAGGAAUGCAAUCAGAGACACCUCUAAAUCAGGGAAUAGAAGCAGUGAGACAACCAAUCUCAGGAAUUUUAGGAAAACCACCAUUAAAAGAAAAUGCUGUUAUUUUAUUGAGAAAACAGAAUACUUUGCUGCUGGAUUCCUUGGAUCCACUAAUUGACAAAACAGACUUGGAAUGGAUAGUAUUCAGUUAUGAAAAACAUUGGGCCAAGGAGUUCUGGCCAAUUUAUGAAGAAGCUUUGAGAAAUCAUGCACUAUUCAAACCAAAGCUGAAGAAAAUUAUCAUCAAGAAGCAACUUAAAAAUAAUUAUUCCAAUGGCAAAAAUAUGAAGAAGGAACUUGGAAGGUUUGAUAAACCUUUAGAUUCAAAUUACUUGGCCGGGACAAUGAUGUGUUCAAGUUUUUGUAAACCAGUGGAAAAACCAUCACAAGACUCUAUGUCACCUGCUGAAGAGAAGUGCAACCCAACAGAACUAGCAACAGUAUUUUUAGCAUUACGUGAUGAGCUUCCAUUGUUCUUCCAAAAUGGGCAUGGUUAUAGCUUGUAUCAUGAAAAUGUCAAGUUUAUAAAUGCUUUAACGAGGACAACCACCAAUGGAUUAUCAUCAUAUAAAGCUCUCCUGGCUGCCAUGCGAUGUAUUGGCCAGCUUUACAUGUCUGAUGUCUCAAUUGAGAUUUUAAGAAUCACAGAAGAUCCCAAGGAUUGUGAUGUAAAGGUCAGAUGGCGCAUCUGUGGGGUGCCAAGAUACAACUCUCUCAUCAAUCGGCGAAUCCCUUGGGAUGACAAAAUAAGAUAUGUUGAUGGAUUUUCAAUUUUUGAAGUUGGUCGUGAUGGCCUUAUCCAUUGCCACAGAUUAAUGAAGCUUAUGCCCAGCAAGUCACCCGAGACUGAUGACCCUCUAUGGGUGGUGAGACCAGCCACUAUCUUGGGCCUGCUGCCCAAGGCGCCUGGGAUGCUCGCUCGGCACAGGGUGAAGGACGCUGGGGGUACCACUGUUGCUCACUCAUAAGUUAUAGGGACUAUGGAUGUAAUAUGAUGACAACACUAGAUGUAUAAACACUGUGUGACCAUAAAGAAAAUAUUAUAAAUUUUAGCAUCCAGGACAAUGCCGGCCAAAAACCAGAGGGCGUCAAACAAGCCCAUCAAUGGCUCAGCCCUUGAGAUUUGGUUAAAUGGAAGAACAUUGCUUUAAACUAAUAAGAAACUUUAGAAAGAAAAUAUGCUUAAAAACAUGAACAACCCCUUCUGCUGUCUGUGUGACAGCGUGUGAACUCUUAGAAGAGGCUUAGCGGAAUGUACCUUGAUGAGGUUUUCAAAAUGGGAGACUUGACAUUAAAAAAAAUGGAAAGCAGAAAAGUGGUUUGUCAAAUUUCUUUGAAUCCUGUACACUGAAGACUGACAGACAUAUAUAGACAAUAUAACAGCUGAGUAGGAACUGACAAACAAUAAGACAAAUGGGAAGACAAAAGAUGAUUAAAUGAAUGAGCUGAUGAACAGAUAAACAAAGAUGAGAGUGGUA